AUGGAGGCGAUGCCCGCCGGGCUCUCGCCUGAGCAGCUCGUGGGUUACAGAAUCGAGAUGUUUUACGAGGACCUGGACGCUUGGUGCCCCGGGCUGGUCACGGGCUACUACCGCAAGGACAUGCAGUACCGCGUGGACUUGGCCAGCGUCAAGAAGCCCGUGGAGACUGGGUGCUUCUUGAAGGACGUCUUCCUCACGGAGGACGGCAAGCGGCUGAAGCUGAGGUGCCGCGGCGUGGCGACGGAUUCCCAGGAGAUGGCGUGUUACUUUGGCAGUUUGGCCGGCCAGCACGGGGACAACAAGGGCCGAGGGCGGGCGCCCGAUCCCCCCCUGCUCGGCAGGGCUGUUAAGGCGAACUGGGGGGAAGAAGGGGUUUUUCUGGGCAAGGUAGAAGACUACAAAGAUGGCAAGUGGCUCAUACACUACCCCGAUGGCGACGAUGAAUGGGGGGACUUUGACAAUGCAUACAGUGAGUUCAAUAUUGCCAAUGCUGUGCGAAAGUUGACAUGGUAUGAUAUUGACCCCAUGUCCCUUCAAGGCUGUGUUCUUUUGAAUGGGGAAAUGGCAUCGAGCAAUGGACUGGCCCCUGAGGCGUCCUCUGUCGAUGCACGUUCAGCUGAAUAUGGACCAGGCAGUCAUGAUGGCAGCAGCGCACUGUUCAAUAUGGUUGGGCCUGUUAGCUAUUACUCUGGACAAGAAGGCCUGAACUCAGCAUCUGUGGACACACAAGCCACUGGCAGGGGAUCCACGUCAACAGAUCCUCUAGGAAGCAGGGAUGUGGCUCCCAGUGCUGGACAGUUGCCAUUGAGCUCGCAAGGGGGACGGAAUGACCGGGUUUGGUCCUUGGCUGCCAAGGAGGGGGCAGAUGGAGACAGUACACUGAGCUUAGGGACAGAAGCUGGGUCGAAGAACUUGCUGGUCGACACCAUCAAGAGGAAAGGUGGCAGCACAGGGAGCAACAGGCACUUGGAGAAGAAGGGGACAGCAUCUACUGAGCACAGAGGUGCAGUUGACGCAGGGGAUCAAGGGCCAUUUGUGGUGCAGUACCCUGCAAAGAGGCGGCGUCAUGUUGAGCCCACAGAUGUCCCCAUGGGAGAAGCCGAGGUUGUCGGUGUGAGGGUCACGAGAAGCAGGAGCAAAGAAGUUGGCGUUGAGGUGUGCAAUGCUCUGGCAGAGGCAAAGAAGGCAGCCAGCAGCCCUCGCAAGUCGACGGCCAAUGUAGCAAGCAGGAAGCGGCUAGUGAAGUUGUCAGAGAGGGGGCCAAGCAGUAGAGAGGGGAGCAAAUCUUCAGGAAAGGGCAGCCAGGCAGCAAGAGACCAUGUGGAGGGCAGGUUGAAAGGGUCUGUAUGUGCACUUGAGAGGCCAAAUAAGUUUAGACGGGCUCAGUCUGGUGCUGGGGUUUCUUUAGAGCGCGGGCUGCCCGAUGCCAGCAAUGGAAGGAAAGGGGGUUGCAAGGGCUCACCAUCCAGGCGCUCUGCCCUUGCUGCUGUGGGCUCUCAACCAUCUCAACAGCCUCUGAAUGAUAGCCUUGAUGAUGUAGGGCCUCAAGGAGUGGGUGCAGCCCAGGGGCUUUUGCCUCCAAGGGAAAGAGCGAAGCGCACAGAGCCAGAGACUGGAAGUGGCCACCCAGCGCCUGAGAAAGGAAACAGCCGUCCUUUAAAGGCAGAGAAGGCAUUUUCCCCACCGCUUGUCCCCAGUGCCUUGCUGAGGAGGCGCCAGCCUGGUGCCAAAUUGGGCAGCCAAGAUGGAGGCAACCAGCAGCUGACGCCAAUUCACAUGGGGAAUCACCUCUCAACAGAGCCCCCCUUGGAUCUGCACACACCUGCUGAUAAUUCGCCCAAGCAGGACAGCGUUGGGGUGGACAGCUGCACUAUGUCAAGAGAUCCAAGGAAGCGUGGCCUGGUGGACAACGAGGCAGCAGUGACGCACAUUUCGACACCCAGAUUUGGCACGGGUACGGGCAAAGAUCCAGAGGAAGGUGAAGCUGACGGCCAAAAGGUGGAGCAUUCAGGAGUGGCCUCAGACAGGAAGACGGAUCUGGCAUAUGUCAUGUCUACACCGCAGGCAGGGGGCAAGACUGCUGAAAGGGCAAGGAUAGAGAAGGAUUUGGAGAAGCGGCUGAAGAAGCUCUCCCGAACAAAGGAGAGCAUUAGCGAAACUACGAGUUUUGUUAUGUCCAGUGUGUCGUACGCACCAACGAUCAUGAGGAUGAUGGUGGACAGCCUAACUGGCGAGACGAGUGUCGACAAGAAGAUAGACCUCUUGUACCUUAUUGAUUACGUGCUAAGGUGCUCCAGGAAGAACAGCACCAGGGAUGGCAGUUCGGGACAGUACCCCAAGCUCAUCUCUGCCGCUCUGAACAAGAUCAUAGACGCGAUGAGCCAUGACAUCGAGUGCUUCAUGAAGCUGGAUAAGGUGCUCAACAUCUGGGACUCCAGCAGGUUCCUGCCCGACGGCGUGAUGCUGCCAGCGAUGGCCGAGCUGAGGGAGGCAAGGUGCCGUUUCGGCGACGUUUUGAGUGUGCUGAAGACCCGGGGGACAGAGAUGUGCGGGACACACAUCCCCGUGGACUUGCUGGGCGCCAGGACGCGUCGGGUUGUGCUCUUCGACCAGUAUGGGUCGAUUGGCAGGGGGGACCCUGCACUGGGCAUUCAGUAUGGGCUGCGGUACCCUGCUUCCCCAGGCGACUGGGACUUCGGAUAUCUUUCCGAAGCGCAGGGACGCCAGAUGGCCCCUGAGCUGCCUUCGUUGACGCCACUGCGGACGUCCUAUACAGGCAGCGAUGUGAAGCCGAGGGUGCCUGGCAUUCCUGGUAUCGAGUCUGCGCUUCCAGGGCUCCAGAGGCCUGUCAACGCCGCCCUUGCUUCUGGCUCCCUGAAUUCCGUGGGCCAGCAGAUGACAUAUUUGGGCGAGGCCCGGGCUGCAGGCGGGCACGAAGCAGUUGUGGCGUCCAGCAGGCCUGGCCCACGGGCUGGAACGCCCGACCCAUUCGAUUUUGAGGAUACCAUGAGGGUGGUCAUAUCUGACAAUGACAAUGUCAAUGUGCCUGUUGAACGGGAGCAGCGGGCGCCGAGAGUGCCCUCAGAUCGGUGGGCUGGCCCAAUGGCGGCCUCGAAUGCAGAUGCGGACGACUGGGACUCCUUUUUCUCCCCUGAGGAAGCUGCGCCACAUUAUUCUCAAUGGCGCGGGUCGCAGGCAGAGGACGUUUUCCACGGCCAGCACGGGGAGGCGGGCGCGCUGCCAGAGACGCAGGGCGCAGACCCCUCUCUGCAGUUUGGGAGCGAGGACAUGCAGCUGGGAGAGAUGGGACUGCCAGAGUCGGCCUGGGGCAGGGACUCCAAGCCUGCUGCAUCAGCGCACUACAGAGACGUGCCCGGUGCCCCUGCCCAUGCAGGUGUGCCGCCGCCGAUGUACUCACUGGCGGAUGCGCCUUGCCCCCCGCCGCUGCCCACAGAGUCCCCUCCCCUCCCGCCCCUGCCCAGCAGACCACCCCCAGCACCGCCGUUGCCUCCCCCCUUGCCUGAGGACUCCCCCCCUCCCCUCCCCGAAGGGGACCCGCCGCCACUACCCCCCGGUUCGCCUCCUGAGGACAAUCCCCCCCUGCCUCCCGAUGCAUCUCCACCGCCUCUCCCGCCGCCCAGCACAUUAGAUCUGCCGCCGCCCCUGCCGCCACAGGAAGCGUACCCGAUGCCGCUGCCCAAGCCGAUGCCCCCGCCGCCAGUAGAUUGGCGGGCAAACAGGCCUGGGUAUGGAUACCCUUACCCAGGCCCCGGUUACGGAUACCCAGGUUCGGGACGGCCACCACCACACCAACGAAUGCCGCCAAUGUGGUGA